AUGACCCUGCGUCUCACAUCAGCUCCAGUCUCCGGUGUCAAGAAGCGCAAGUCCACCCCCAAGCCUCGCAGUUCACCUUUUGCCGCUCAUGCGCGUCGCAGGCCAAGUUCGGCCACAACUGCCGCCGUGAAGGCAGCAGAUGAACUAAUCGACGAUGAUCCUCUCCCUGAUAUAGGUGGAUCGCGUUUUAUUUCGGAGACUGCAGAGGCCCAUAAUGUGGUACAGGCGAUCCAGUCCAUUCGGAUGAGGAUGUUCGACGAACUCCCACAGCGCGCAGGCAUGAACAGUACUCGCAUUGCGGAGGUCUUGAAUUUGCGCCGGUCGCUGCCUCCCCUUGCCUCUGUCGCACACGUACACACUCUGCUUAAUGCGCCGACACAGGUGGAACGGGAGAUUGUUGAGCUAGUGCAGUCCGGUCGGGUUCGACGACUCAUCGUUCCAGGCCGCGGCAGCGAUGCAGCAGGGUUAGGUGACUGCUUGGUCUUGGCCGAGGACUGGGAGGACAUGGUUCGUGGGAGCACUGCUUUGGAAGAUGAGCUCAAGGAGAAAUUCCUCGAUAUCCUCACGCGCAUCGGAUCCUCAUCUGCCCUUUCGCAGAGUGUGUUCACUCCCGACGAAUAUCGCGCUUUAAUUCGUGCUGGCUUCCUUGUCUCGUCAUCAUCAUACACACAAGCAUCGUUGAAUGUCGCUUCUCUUCCAAAUCUACCCCAGGCUGUAGUCUCUUCAGCCAGUCGGAGGGGCCCGGCUCAUCCUUCUGAUACCGACCGAGCUGUACAGACAGAUGCCCAGGCUCGUGCAGCGACUCUAUUUUUGUCGUUGCCAAAUACUGGAACCUAUCUGCGGCUGCUCGGUACUGGUCGGGCUCAUUUGCUCGCUCUACUUCGGCGGUCUACCUGCAACGAAGCCCCUUUGAAGUUGCUCAAAGAUCGCUGGGACGGCGCUGUGGAAACCGAGAAGAGUUUCCACUUGGCGAAGCGAGCGCGGGGCGAGUUUGCGGGCAUUCUGCCAGGGCGAACGAAGAAGUGGAAGGAUCUGUAUGGCAUGCAGUUUCGUUGGGUGCUGGAGGAAGCACUAGGCGCAGGCCUGGUAGAAAUAUUUGAAACCGGCAGUGUGGGACCAGGCAUUCGAUGCCUGUAA